AUGCAGCAUUUCGGUGGGGCGCAGUCUGGUCGGUGCGCGGAGGCAAGGGAGGGAUAUGCGAUUUUAGCAAAUAACUUAACUUUUCAAAUUUCUCUAUUGCGACACAACCAACUUAUAACCAACUUCGAAUACGCGCGGAGCAAAACUGAUGGAUGCCAGAGUGGCUGGGCUUUCAGCAGGAUGCCACGGCAUGCCACGGAACGCCGCGGGAUGCCGCAGCACGCCGCGGGAUGCCACUACACAACCUGCCGUGCCAUGCUGUGCCACGCCGUCAGUGAGCGCCGGCCAUAA